AUGGCCACGACUGGCGAUGGAGCUCGCCGGUUUAUGCACGCCCUGGCGGCGAUGCUUCUCGUGGCGUGCUCCUUUCCCUGCGCCGUGGGGGACGGUUCCAGCGCUGCGGCAGUGCUACAGAAAGCCAAGGCUCUUCGUGACGCCGUGGAAGACAACAACAGAGCGCCUCCCGCAGCACACCCUGUCGUUGUAGUUCCGGAACGGGAUAGCCCAGGGUCGCUCUUGGAGCGCGGUACCGCGCUGCUGUAUGAAGGAAACUCCAAGGAUGCUGUGGCCGCCUUGGAUGCGGCGAUCACUGGGUGGGAGGAGGAGAUGGGGUCGGAGAAGCUGAAUAGCGAGGCGGCUGCGCUCACGGCGCAGCGUCUGGGAGAGGCUCUGGCGCUCGAGGGGGACCACGAGCGCGCUGCCUCGGUCUUCGGCAGGGCGGUUGUUGCGAGCGAGGCUCUGUUCGGGGUAAAGAGUACUCAGGCCGUGGCGUGUUUGACGGGCCUCGGGCUCGCCUUGUUCCAGCAGGAGUAGUUCCGCCGGCGUUACACGUACCGUGGCGGAGACUCUUGGUGUGGAAUAUUGGUUUGUGUGCUGCAACAUGCAUUCAUGGCUCUGCCGUCUAAAUCACGUCUCCGUUGUUCAUUUUUGGGAAACCUCCUUGCUGCCUCAUGCACUCAUUCUCUCCGCUUUCACUCCUUGUGUGCAGGGCCAACUGUCAGACGCAGCGUCCACGCUUGGGAGGGCACUGAGCGUCCACGCGCUCAGGCCGGACGAGGGCAUGGUGACGUCCACCCAAGACGUGACCAAGACCCUGGACGGCCUGGCAAAAUCACUGCUUCACCGUCCCCCGGAGGAGGGCGAGAGCGAGCUUGGCGGCGCAUUGCUGGCCGUGGACCACAU